CUCGGUUUGAGACACCAAAAUGAAAAUGAGAUCUAAAGAGCUUCAAGAUUGAUAGCUGGGUGAAAUAUAAUUCUAAGGAAGGAGAAGAAGAAAGCGAGGAAAUGGCGUUGAGCUCGCUGACAUGGGGUUACGCACGGAUCAUAGCUGGAACACUUGUCGGGGGGACAAUCGGUUUCUAUGUAAUGCAUCGCAUCGAAGUUAGGUACAAGAUGAAGAUGGAAGAAGCGUUAAGGCAAUACGAGAAAGAAAUGAAGAAGAGACAAGAAGAUCAUGAGAAUCUCGGUCUGAUCAGUGAAGAUUCCCUUUAGUUUUUACUGAUUUGCGUGUGAA